CUCCGCGCGCUUUUCGUCCCAGUCUUCACUGAGGCACCACGUCGUGCGUGUCGUCGCUGGCGAGAGUGUCAUCUCGAGAUUAUCCGGUGGAUCGAGCGUGGUGAAUCACGCUCGCCGCGGAGGAUACAAAAUACAUCUCUUGUCUCGUCAUCUGAAUACUUUCGGAGCGUCUCUCUGUUUUCAUUCGAAAAGCUCUCGUUUAUACCGCGGGAGGUAGUAUCGGUAGUGACGUAUAACCGCGAUCCCGUUGAUCUCACCGCGAGAGGAAGGAGGAAGAGAGAGUGUCAGCCAGGAGGCCCGGUUAACCCGCGGCGACGAAGAUGAUGCACGCAAUGAGCGAGCACGCGGGGGUGGGCGUGCUGCCGUUCGACGGUAUGGGUCUGUACGAACAACCCCGGCCGCCCCGGCUCGUCUUUAAGAUGCCGCGCGUCGUGCCCGAUCAGAAAACGAAAUUCGAGGGCGACGAAUUGUUUCGAAGACUGAGCCGCGAGAGCGAGGUGAGAUACACUGGUUACAGAGACCGACCGCUCGAAGAGCGUCAAGUACGUUUCCAAAAUGGCUGUCGAGAAGGCCACACGGAGAUCGCGUUUGCGGCGACGGGCACCAAUCUCCAGCUUGUUUUUGGCAAUGCAUCCGGAAACUACCCCGUCGAUCCCAACGACUGUGACUUCGACAAGGAGCACGGCAAGGUACACUUGCGCUCGCACUUGAUCAUGAACGGCGUGUGCGUGAGGUGGCGUGGUUGGAUCGAUCUGGAACGGCUGGACGGCGUCGGCUGCCUCGAGUACGACGAGGAGCACGCCGCCGAGGAGGACGCACUGCUGCGCGACCAGCUCGAGCGUUACAACCAACGGCUGCGCGACUUCGAGGAGAAGCAACGGACCUACCGGGGUGGGCCGGCGUCGGCCGCGCAGCCACCCCACCUAAAUCAUCAUUAUCAUCACGACACGCACCACGCGGCCAGCCACCAUCAUCACCAUCACGGCCACCACAGCCGGCACGUGGGCGGUGCGGGCGCCACGGGUGCCACCGCGACCGGCAUCGAGCCCCACUUGCCGCACCGCCAGGAUCCCGAGAUGGAGGUGCGACUGCGGGCCUACUGAGGCUCAUUGCGCAGAUCCUCCGACUGCCUGCGAUGAUGGUAAACGACGACGAGAUUGUCUCUCUUGACGAUAGGUCUCUUUUGAUCUUUUGUGAUGAUAUCGUUAGCGCGAAUACGAGAUUGCGGCACGAUUUCUUGAGGAACGAUAUCGACGUUGAUACCGAUGCCAGUUUAUUCGUUUGUUCUGCGACGUGAAUUCGUUGCUCUGCGAGCGU